AUGGAGAACGCCGAAGACAGCAGCAGUUUAAAUGAGUAUAACAAUUUCACAGAGGCCUUGAAAAAAUUUGCGAAGUUAGUGGAAGCAACAGUGAUUCAGAAAAAAGAGGAAAGACUAGGCACAUAUGUCAAAAAUGAAGAUUUUAUUGAUUAUGACAAGUUCUAUACAGCAGUGUGGGACCUCUUUGGUCCAGAAAUAAAGGCCCAAGAUGUGAAAAGUUUUUAUAGGAAACUCAGCAACAAUCCAGAUGCACCUACAGACUGGUGUGAGAUAUUUGGAUAUUUUCUAUCAGAAGAAGAUGCACUUGAUUCUCAGCUUGAUGAAGAAAAUUUGAUUUUCCUCAUUUCCAGAAAACAAAGAAUUGGACUUACAAGUGGCAGGAAACGUGAUGUGGUUAAGUGUCUCGUCAAGAUUCCUCAAAUGGAUUUUCUAAUAACAGCAACUCAGAAAGGAACAAUAACAGUCUUCAACAGUCAGAUGAGAAUUCAGGCAACCAUCAAUGUUACAGACACUUCUUGGAUUACAGGAUGUGAUUACCUCCCUCAGUUAAAACGAAUUGUUGCUGUCACAGAAAGAACCAUCAUCAUCUGGGAUUAUAAAGCCCAAGGGAAUAGUAAGGAUAACUGUUUUGUCAUAAAGCCAAUGGAUCACUGCCUUCUGUGUGUUUGUGUGGUGCCUAUCACUGACCAGCUUUGCAGAGAUGAUAUCCUAAUGGGAGAUGAUGGUGGCUUUGUGAACAGGUUCACUUUAACCAGUGAUGAUUUUGGAUUCAAACAGUCAAAAACCAAGAAAAAAUUGCAGUCCCAGAUACUGGACUCCAAGACCUUCAAAAAUAUUAAAAGGAAGCUACAUAAUGACUGGGUCAUGAAGGUUAGAUUUGUCCAGCCCCUGAACUGUUUUGGGUCUUGCUCUUUAGACAGCAACCAUUCAUUUGUUCUGGAUUCCUUGAAGAGGCUUGACGACAAUGUGCCAGUCAGAGAAUUUUCUAUGCCAAGAGGAGCAAACACUUUCAUUUACUGUUUAAAAGCAAAUGUUAUUGUUACUGGGGGAGAUGACAAAAUCCUCCGGCUAUGGCAUCCCAAUAUCAGCACCAAGCCAGUAGGGAAACUUGUUGGUCAUAUGUUCAGUAUUACAGAGCUUGUUAUAAAUGAAAAAGAUCAGCAUGUGAUCAGCCUUUCAUCUGCAAAGGUUUUUAGAGUAUGGGACAUACAAACUCUUUCACUGUUACAAGUUUUCCACGACAGUCAAGGAGGACCGGGGGACAUGCAGAUCUAUGCCAUGAUAUUUGAUUACAACCAUGGCGUGCUUGUCACAGGAUCUAGUGUCAUUGACAUGUAUCCUUUGACUCGGAUGAUACAAGACACGAAACAGAUACCGCAUAGUCAUGAUCGAGACAUCAAUGUCAUGAUUUAUAACAAACAUUUUCACCAGUUGCUCACUAUCUGCUCUGAAUCUGUCAUCAAGGUAUGGGAAGUAGACACAGGACACCAAAUAUAUCAGAUUUUUGAUCCCCAUGGGAGCAAUAUUGAAGUAACAACUGCUGCUGUUGACUACAGUGGAUUUGUUUUUGCCACAGGGGCAUACAAUGGCACACUUAAACUCUGGGAUUUUGGAAGUGGACAGGAAAUGAAAAUGUUAAUUGAAGGGAAAGACUGGAAAGAUGAUGAUCAUUGUUUACAUCAAAUAACUUUCCUAAAAGCUAAUGAAAAACAUCAAUUCCUAAUCCUAGCCUUGGAGUACAAUGGGAAGAUCAAACUUGUCCAGGGUAAAGAAGAAGAUCCUCUUCUUAGUGUGUUAUGGGAACUACCUGAAGUUGUGCCUAUAUUCAGACAAGGGAAGAAGGAUGUGAUCUUGCUGGCAAUAACUUCUAAUUUCAAAACUAGGAAUUUGCCUAUCCCAGAGGUUGAUCUUGUGCCUGAUGAGGAAAGGAGGUCUAUUAGCUUUGAUGGCCCCAAAGUCAAUAUGGAAGUGACAUGUUUUGAUGUGCUUAUAACAGAAGGCUACAAUCUGCUUGCUACUGCAACUGUAAAUGGUAUUAUCGUCUUAUGGAACUUUGUACUGUCCACUAUCACAGAAGUGCACAGACCAGAGGAUGCUUAUGUUAUAGACCCUGACCUGGAUCCUGAACGUCUUAAAAUUAAUGCUAUCUUAUUCCUCUUCCGUGGCAGUACCUGUAUAAGGAGAAUGAGCGAAGAAUCAAUAACUUCAUCAGCACAAAGUGAGUCUACUCGUGGUGGAGCACUAAGCAGUAAGGGAAGCAAAUCAAGUCUACAUGAAGUUGAUGUUAAAGGAGAGAUAAAUGCAGGACCAAAAAUUGGGCAAUUACUACAAAGUACCGUAACUGAAAUAUCACCACCAAUUAUGGCCACUGCUCAUGAAGAUGGACAUCUUCGAAUAUGGAACAUGGAGGGGAAUUUACUGAAGGAUAUGUUACCUUUUACAAAACACUCUGCAAUUUCUCUGACUACACUGCACACUGAUAGCUGCAGCAGAAUCCUACUUGCUGGGAACAUGGAAGGUCAUAUUAUCCUCUGGAGUAUUGGUUCCUUCCUGGAACCUCCACAUGAAGAAAAGAAAUUUAAGCAGCUGGUUGCAUGGCGUGGACAUAGUUUGAGAGUUGUUGACAUUCUCUAUAUAGAGGACAAGCAAGUGGUAAUCUCCGCCUCGGUUGAUGGGUCUAUAAGGGUUUGGCAUGCCCGUAAUGGACAUUACUGUGGCUACUUUGGACAGCGCAGGACAUUUAACCUAAGUCAGGUUACUGAUUUCAUCUUGCCUUGUGAUGUCAACGAACACCCUGUAGAAAUAAAAGAAGAAAGUAAAUACAUAGAAAAGAAACAGGGAUAUGAAUAUCCCCUAAUAUUUGACCGUGAAAAAUGGAAGAACAUGAGUUCAUUCUCCUUACUAUUCAGACGGCCAACUCCCAAACCCUUCGAGGUUAAUCAAGAAUUUAAAUUUUUCAAAGCCCUUGCUUCUCCUAAGAUUAGAAAAACUGUUUUGGAAAGUACCAGUACAGGAAACAGAGAAGCUGGAAUUAUAUUUGGUUCUCUACCUAUAUACAGGGUUCCAAGCCCCACAAGUCUGAGAUUCCUUCCCCUAAUUGGUGCAGAUGCGCAUAAGGAAUCUUCAGAAAAUUUCCAAGGGAAAAAGAAGGGAGGUCGUGUUCAGCAUUUACAAUCUCGAAGGAGAAGUCUAAGAAGAAGUCUCGCUCCAGCGGUUAAUCUGACUUCAGCAUUCUUCCCAAUCAUUCAGAAGUAA